GUGUUCAUUCAGUUACGAGCUGUUACUCUUGGCUGAGCACGGGAGGACUUCGAGCGCACCAUACUGCUAACCCCAUCAUUUUUCCCUUUCCUUGUAGUAAUGUUGUUGUAUUUACGUCUCUCUCGUUUAACGGUUACGGUAUUCAGGGUGCUGGUGUUGGUGCAAAGUUGUUUAGACGUUGUCAGCGGCAACGGUAGUCCGAUACAUGGCACGCCGAUGCACAGCACCUAGACGUGUUGAAGCCUUCUUCUCGGUAGUACCGUUUGUCUUGAUGUUAAACUUGAAAGUGCACCACUCUCUCCUCAAGGCACAUAUGUACGUGAGAUUUUUUUUAGAAAAAUGAUAUUAUAACAACAAAUAAAAUGACAGUAACGAGUAAUGCUAGCGAUAACUUAACACAUUCGGGAUGCGUACUUGAUGAAUCUUCAAACUGGAAUACGUUGUACUGCUCACAUCUUUGGUCAAACAGCCAUGCGAGAAAAGCCAUUAUUAAUGGGCCUAAUAAGGACAAUAAAGUAAUUAAAUAUUGCUAUACGUGUAGAGGCAAAAUAAGAAAUUAUGGGAUUACACCUCCAAAGGCAAAUUUUUCUCCAAACAAUCAUUCGACUCCAAAAGUAAAUACAUCGCAAUCUUUUAUUGAAACCCAUACAAGUGGAUUGGUCGAAAACAACUUAGAUAGCUUUAAUUAUUUAGAUAAAUCAGCUAAAGAUAGAAAGACAUCGAUUACUGAUAUUAACAUAAAUAAUUCAGAACUGUCCCAAUACAUUCCGACUAUAUCACGACAAAUUGAUGUCAGUUUUCGACGGAAAUAUACAGGUACACAAUAUGAUUUGUGCACUACAGAUUUAAGCCAACGCAGACUGAGAAAAGGCUUGAGAGGUAUUGGAUGUAUAGUAAAUUUCUCAUUGACUGAAAGUCCUAAGACAAAAAGAACACAAAUUCAAGCGUGCUCAAUAUGUGUGAUGAUUAUUGCAAUAGUAGUUAUAAGUUUGGUAUUAGUUAACUAUACAACUCUCAGUUUUAUGCCUAACGCGAACACUACUAGUACAAUUUUAGUGCCAACUGAAAAUAUAGACGUUAAUGAAACAUCUUCAGCUAUUGUCAGUAUAUCAGCAGAUUUAGCAGCGAUAACCGAAAUCACUGAGAAAAUUGGUACAAAAAUUGGCUCAACCGAUGACCCUUUUCUAUUGACCACUACUAAAAAUAUUACUCAUAAUAAUAUAAGCAACAUUAUAUUAAAAAUACGUAAGAAUAUUAAAACAUAUCCAAAGGAUACAAAGAAAGGCUACGAAAGUAAAAUGCCAAAAGAUAUCAUAAACAGAGAUUUGACUCAAAAAUUUUGCUCGUGCCAAAAAAAUGAAGUUUGUAUGUUAGACGAGAUAAACGGUGUAUCAAUUUGCAAAAUUGCCCUUGAUAUGGAUGAUCCUACAGGAUGUGGUGGAUUGUGCGCCAUGGAGACGGAAGCUUGCCAACUUGUAGACAGAGUUCGUGGAGUGCGCGUCUGCCGAUUGUUAACUCAAGUGACAUGCUCGCCUGAAGACUGGCGAUGUAGAAACGGUUUUUGCGUACCUUCUACUGCUCGAUGUGAUGGAUCCAUCCAAUGCUAUGACCGUUCAGAUGAAAUGCACUGUGAUUGUGAUCUAACAAAACAAUUUCGUUGUGGAUAUUCGAUAUCCUGUUUUUCCAAUAAAAAAAUGUGUGAUGGAUUGAUUGAUUGUUGGGAUGGUUAUGAUGAACUUAACUGCACUACAGAAUGUCCUGAAGAUCAAUUUACAUGUACCGACGGGCAGUGUAUAAUGUCGUCGAGAUUUUGUGACGGCUUGGCGGAUUGUGCGGACGGCAGCGACGAGCCGCAGGGCUGCGACGCGGCGUGCGGGACUCACGAGAUACAGUGCAAGAACACCCGUUGUGUACCGCGCGGUUUGCGGUGUGAUGGACAAGACGAUUGCGGAGAUGGCUCAGAUGAAUCUCAUUGCUCUUGAUUAAUAUCGUAUUGGACCAGCCGGGGUGGUUAGCUGACUUAGGUCCAGAUC